UUCACCAGCUUUUGUUGCUCUAUAUGAAAAUUCAAAUUUCUCUCCGCGCUUUUCACUUCUUUCUCUCUCCUCCACAAACAACACCGAAAUAAGCCCUAAUCUUCAUCAAAAUUCACGAAUUUCCAUGGAGUUUCAGUAAAAUAACUCAAGAAUGGCGACGAUUGAGAAGCUAUUAGUGCAAAUCUUCGAUCGAAAAAGGCAGAUUAUCGAGCAAUUGAAGCACCAGAAACAAUUGUACGAACAAAAUCUUCUUUCCAAGCUCUUAAUUCAAGGCAUUCCUCCUCCUCCUUGGCUCCUCAACUCCGAUUUUCAAUCUUCAACCUCAGAUCUCACUGGUCUAAACAAGGAAGAGCUCAUAUCGGGAUUAUUGCUUCCAAGACCUGGACCAUUUCCCUCUUAUCCUAGCGGUCCUUGCUUUUUAUAUGAUAAGCCAAUUAUAAAAGCAGCUAACAGUGCUAUACAAGAUGAAACGUGUGCUGUAAACUGUGCCUCUAGCAAUGGUAUUGAUGAAAAUGAGCCUGGUGUCGCUCCUCUAUGUCAUGCUGAUGGCUCAGAAGAUAUGGUUGACACUGUCCCUCCAUCUAAUCUUGACGGCACUGAAAAUAUGGCAGGCAUCAUUUCUCCGUAUCAUGUUGAUGGCAGUAUGGGAUUUAAUUAUGUCCCUGUGUCACCUGAUGACCAGACUGAGACGAGGCUCUCAAUUUCUCAUAAACAAGAGCAGUCACUAGCAAGAAUACCAGAUGAAACUUGUGCUUUAAACUGUGCUUCUAGCAGUGGUAUUGAUGAAGAUGAGCGUGGUGUCGCUCCUCUAUGUCAUGCUGAUGGCACUGCAGAUGUGGUUGACGCUGUCUCUCCAUCUCAUCUUGACGGCGCUGGAAAUAUGGCUGGCAUCCGUUCUCCGUAUCAUGUUGAUGGCAGUAUGGGAUUCAAUUAUAUCCCUGUGUCACCUGAAGACCAGACUGACACGAGGCUCUCAAAUAUUCAUAAACAAGAGCAGUCACUAGCAAGAAUACCAGAUGAAACUUGUGAUGUAAACUGUGCCUCUAGCAGUGGCAUUUAUGAAGAUGAGCCUGGUGUCGCUCCUCUAUGUCAUGCUGAUGGCACUGCUAAUAUGAUUGACGCUGUCCCUCCAUCUCAUCUUGACAGCACUGGGAAUAUGGCUGGCAUCAUUUCGCCUUCUCAUGUUGAUGGCAGUAUGGGGUUCAAUUAUGUCACCAUGUCAUCAGAAGACCAGACUCACACAAGGCUCUCAAAUUCUCAUAAACAAGAGAAGUCACUAGCAAGGAUACCAGAUGAAACUUGUGCCGUAACUGCCUCUAGCAGUGAUAUUGAUGAAGAUGAGCCUGGUGUCGCUCCUCUAUGUCAUGCUGAUGACACUGAAGAUAUGGUUGAUGCUGUCCCUCCAUCUCAUCUUGACGGCACUGAAAAUAUGGCUGGCAUCAUUUCUCCUUCUCAUGCUGAUGGCAGUAUGGGAUUCAAUUAUGUCCCCAUGUCACCUGAAGACCAGACUGACACAAGGCUCUCAAAUUCUCAUAAACAAGAGGAGUUACUGGCAAGGAUAUCAGAUGAAACUUGUGCUGUAAACUGUGCCUCUAGUAGUGGUAUUGAUGAAGAUGAGCCCGGUGUCGCUCCUCUAUGUCAUGCUGAUGGCACUGAAGAUAUGGCUGACACUGUCCUUCCAUCUCAUCUUGACGGCACUGAAAAUAUGGCUGGCAUCAUUUCUCCGUCUCAUGUUGAUGGCAGCAUGGGAUUUAAUUAUAUCCCUAUGUCACCUGAAGACCAGACUGACACGAGUCUCUCAAAUUCUCAUAAACAAGAGCAGUCAUUAGCAAGGAUACAGAGGUCCAGAUCCCGUCAAAAGGCACUGGAGUUUCGGAGUAGUGGAAAAGCAAGUGCUCAAAGCCGUUUUGGGAUGGAAAAUGAUGUUGGUAGUUCUUCUGGCGGCCAAAAAUCUAAAAAUCAUUCAUGUUUAUCUGGACAGGUUGAAAUUAGCUUAGGGAGAAAUGUCAUGUCCAGCACAUGUGAACAACAAUUAUCAAAAUCUGAUGUUUCAGAUGUGAAUGAGAUUUUAAUCCCAGAGCCAUUAGAUUCUUUGGCCGAGGAUGGAGAAGUGAAGACAAAUUUACCAACUGCUGUUUUUUGCAGCGGAAGGGUGUCUGACAUAUUGGUGAAUGACCAAAAACUGGUCUAUGAGAAUACUGCAGGAAACAUUAUGGAUACUGUGAUGGCUGUGGAUCAAUGUAAAUCUCCUCAGAGGACGGAUGGGUUUAAAUAUUCCAUUGUUUCCCCACUCGUGGAGUAUAUGAAUGUAUCUGAAGCCGAUCAAACUAUACAAGAGUUUGAUGGUUCUGUUACAGGUGAGAAUACAGUUGAUGCACAAAAUGCUGGAGAUAACAUCUUGGAAAAUACCAGCUUGCCUGAACUAAUUUGCAAUUCUGAAUCCUUGAGCACUCCUGUAUCACUGUUUCCUACUGCCCGCAAAUUGUACUUAGCACCAAAAAUGUACUCCUCAAUACCUAACGGGCUUCUAGAAAACAUCGAACUACAAAGCAAGCCGCUAUUCAGUGGAAGGGCUUUACAGAGGAAGUCUCAUUCUGAUAUCUUACGAUUAUCAAAAUCUGAUGUUUCAGAUGUGAAUCAAAGUUUAAUCCCAGAGCCAUCAGCUUCUUUGGCUGAGGAUGGAAAAGUGAAGAAAAAUUCACUAAGUGCUGUUUUUUGCAGUGGUAGGGUGUCUGACUUAUUGGUGAAUGACCUAAAAGUGGUCGACAAGAAUACUGCAGGAAAGGUCAUGGAUCCUGUGAUGGCUGUGGAUCGAUGUAAAUCUCCUGAGGGAGUGGAUGGGUUCAAAUAUUCCAUUGGUUCCCCACUCAUGGAGUAUAUGAAUGUAGCUGAAGCAGAUCAAACUAGACCAGAGUUUGAGGGUUUUGUUAUAGGUGAGAAUACAGUUGAUGCACAAAAUUCUGGAGAUAACAUAUUGGACAAGACCAGCUUGCCUGAGCUUAUAUGCAAUUCUGCAUCCUUGAAAACUCCUGUAUCUCCCUUUCCUACUGCCUGCAAAUUGUACUUAGCACCAGGUAUGUACUCCUCAAUUCCUAACGGGCUUCUGGAAAACAUUGACCCACGAAGCAACCUGCUAUACAGUGAAAGGGCUUUACUGAGGAAGUCUCAUUCCGAUCUCUUUUCUUUCUCUGGUAAUCAACAUGGAUGGGAUAUCAGGAAACCUUUUCUGUCACCGGUGGGGAAUGGUUUUGAAGGUAUCACAUCAAAAUCUGGUGGUUCAGAUAAGCUAGUUAGUAGUAAUCUGGAGCUUACUUGCUUCCCCAUUCUGGAGGAUCCUGAAAGCAGCGAGGAAGAUUUAGAUGAUGCUGUUGACAAUUGUGUGAAAAUGACAGAUCUGAGUAUGAGAAAUAGUGCCGGCAGGGAACCACCUUUUGAUAUCAAUGUGCAGAAGUUGAGCUGUAUGGCUCUAGAUCAUGCAGUUGAGAAUGGUAGUUUAGAAUCUGUGGGUGAAGAUAAGAUAGCCUGUUCAAGUACAAGAAAUAGUGGCAACAAAGAACCGCUUGGUGAUAUUUCUAUGCCAUAUAAAAGCUCUUUAGCUCCAGAUCACGUAGUUGAGUGUAGUUUAGGACCUAUAAGCACCGACGGCAACAUCCAUGAGAUGCAUAAUGACAGUAAGAAGAGUGGCAUGGCUCAGAGGAAAAGCAGGCGGACAAGGUUGGGGAAGGAAAACGAGAAGUACUCAGUUGGUGCUAACAGCAGCAAGAAGCACACCAAAACACAGAGCAGCAGGUUCAGCAAACCCAAAUUAUCGGGAAAAUCAAGUUUAAGAAGCAGAGGGCAAAGUCUGUCAGAGAAGGAACAGAAGCUAAGUAACAUUGUGUCUAACAUGAAAUCCUUCCUGCCACUUGUUCAACAAAAGCAAGCAGCUGCAGUCAUCCCUGAGAAGAGAGACGUCAAAGUCAAGGCUCUCCAAGCUGCAGAGGCUGCCAAACGUGCUGCUGAAAAGAGAGAAAAUGAACGCAACCAGAAGAAAGAGGCAAUGAAGCUUGAACGAGCUAGAGUGGAGCAAGAAAAUAUGAAGGAGCUGGAAAGGAAGAAAAAAAUGAAAGAGGAAGAAAGAAAGAAAAGAGAGGCUGAAAAUGCAGCCAAGAAGAGGCAGAGAGAAGAAGAAGAAAAGAAAGAAAAGGAAAGGAAAAGAAGGCGUGUUGAAGAGGCACGGUUACAGCACAAGCAAGCUGAGCAAAAACUUCAGGAUUGGAGAGAGGAAUCAAGAUGUGUAGCAGAGGAUAAAAAUGCGCAUCCAAUAAAGGACUCUAAUUCAGGGCAGCCAGUGAAUGAUUCAGUUGUGUUAGGGGAUCAUAUAAUGGAAGAUGAUGGUGUACAUGCGACCUUAAAUAAUCACCAUAUGUCAAUGGAAUCCUCUGCCAUUGGAAAGUUAGGCACCGCUGACAUGGCUGAGAGUUCAACACCUAAUGUUGAUAAAAACGUCAAGCCAGCCGACCGAUCCAGCAUUGAACAGUCAUAUGAUAUCUCGCCAUACCAUUGUUCAGAUGAUGAAGAGGAAGAAGAAGAUGAAGUUCCAAACAAGAAGUUUAUACCGACCUGGGCCAGUAAAAGCUCAGUGGCAUUGGCUUUAUCAUCUUUGCAACACUUGGAUCCAGAUGUGAUAUUUCCGCCUGGAAGCUUUUGCAGUUUAGAUGAAGCUCUUCUGCCUCGAAGAUUACCACAAAAAUAAGAGAAGUCCAUGUGUAAAUGAGAAAUUUUGAUCAGCAAGAGUUGGCAAAGGAUUUGCUUUUCGCUUUGGGUGCAGGUCUCGAAGGGCACUUUCUGAUGAACCCAGACAUCGCUACGUGUUAGCUGGAAGAUAACUUCUCACAAAGAAAUGCAUCAGGGGGAUUCGGUUUAUAGCUGUAUAUAUGUCUUAUUUAUAUACACUGGUCAUACUCUAAAGACCCUUAGUAGCUUAGUAAUGUAACCUUCAUUAGGAGCUAUGGUUAGAUUCCUCUGGUGCGUGUAAUAUUUCCGGUCUGAAGAUCUGAAGCCGAAAUUUUGUUGCUUUUGAACUUUGAAGGAAGCCAUUAACUGUAGCAACUAGCAAGUUAGCAACCAAUGCUCAGAUAAUAGGAAAAUUAGGAAUGAAUCAGCAAUUGAAUUGUUUCUUGUGUAAAUUGAAGUUUUUGUCUUGAACACCUUAUAUCUCCCUUAGAGUGUACUGUUUUAAGGUGACACGGAGUAUUAUGAAUGGAGAUUAGUAACUUGUAAA